AUGCGACACAACUUUGAAACCACCGAAGCCUUUGCAUAUUAUCAUCACAUCUCAUCAAUCGACAUUGCAGAACUCUUUAAAAUGAAGCUCGUUGCAGUAUCUCUCAUGUACUUGGCAGUUGCCAAUGCUUUCGCUCCAACAAGAACUCCGUCGCAUCAACGAUCAUCUUCUGCUUUGUCGGCAGCUCUUCCACAACGUGACAAUGAGAGCCCCGAGAAGAAGUUUUCCCUUGGAGCUCCCGUGGUAGGUCUCGUGUUGGGGCUUUCCAUAAUGACCAGUGCUGCAUUUGCUGUUGAAUUGGACUUUUCCCUUCCUUCCUACGAUGCCAAAAUGUCGGGCUUUGGAGAGGGUACAGAGGCUAUCUUGAACAAGAAGACUAGCGAUUUGACUGAUCCUGGGGCAAACGAAAAGACCAAGCAAUCGGAAGCAGCAAUGAAAGCCGCAAUCGCUCUGAAAGAAAAGAGAACGAAGGAACAAGAAAUGAAAAAGCUUCAAUACGAGGCCGAUAAGCAACGUGCAAUUGAGAAGAAAGCUCGGGAUGCUGAACGAUUGAAAAGCAUCUGGAACUAA